UCAUCGGGCGGUGUGUCUGCAAAGACUAUAAAAGGCGUGUGAUCCUGCCCAGCUCCUCAGGCUCCUAUUGGAUUCUUCUAGCUGCCUCUCUGCUGGGCGCCCAGUUACAGGACAGCAAAAUGUGUGCUAAAAAAUCUCCUGAAGAACUGAAGAGCAUUUUUGAAAAAUACGCAGCCAAAGAAGGUGAUCCGGACCAGUUGUCAAAGGAUGAGCUGAAGCUAUUGAUUCAGAACGAAUUCCCCAGUUUACUCAAAGAGCCUAGCAGUCUGGAUGAUCUCUUUAAAGAACUGGACAAGAAUGGAGAUGGAGAAAUAAGCUUCGAAGAAUUCCAAGUGUUUGUUAAUGAAAAAUCCAAGUAAAGAAAACAAACCGGUUUCCUGAAUCCUGAAAGAAGAGCAUGUGAUCUUAGCCUACAUGGAAUCCCCAGGAGCUCUGGUUUAAUUCUUUGCGAUUAUAUUCAUUUCUUUAUUGCUAAUAAAGAAAUUCUUAAACGUG